UUCUAGGCUGCGCGCCGGUCGCCCCCGAUCGGGUCCGCCUGCCCGCAGCGUCUCGUUGGUGCAGCCGGUGACCUCCGACCCCGCCGCCGCGGGGCGGGGAGGCCUUAGCUCCGGGCGGGCGGCGGCUGCUGCAGCGGGACCCGGGAGCGGGGCCCGGCGCCGCCCGGGCCGCGGGGCGAUGUGAGCCCCAGGUGUAUCCCAGGGAGAUCCAAGUGACUUCUCUGCAGACUGCUUGCCAUGCCACCCCACCAAGAACAGGGGGAAUAAAGUGGGGGUCCUUCCCCAUGCCCCUCCCAUGGUCAGCUCUCCGAUGGCCUGGGUGAGGGCAGGCAGGCUGCUCUGACACCAUGGGGAGCUGCUGCAGCUGCCUGAACCGAGACAGCGUCUCAGACAACCACCCCACCAAGUUCAAGGUGACGAACGUGGAUGAUGAGGGCGUGGAGCUGGGCUCCGGAGUGAUGGAGCUGACCCAGAGCGAGCUGGUGCUGCACCUGCAUCGGCGCGAGGCUGUCCGCUGGCCUUACCUCUGCCUGCGGCGCUAUGGCUACGACUCCAACCUCUUCUCUUUUGAGAGUGGCCGCCGGUGUCAGACUGGCCAGGGGAUAUUUGCAUUUAAGUGCUCCAGGGCUGAGGAAAUCUUCAACCUCCUCCAGGAUCUGAUGCAGUGCAACAGCAUCAAUGUGAUGGAAGAGCCAGUCAUCAUCACCCGCAACAGUCACCCGGCUGAGCUUGACCUCCCUCGGGCCCCCCAGCCUCCCAAUGCUCUAGGCUAUACCGUCUCCAGCUUCUCCAACGGCUUCCCUGGCUGCCCAGGAGAGGGUCCCCGAUUCUCAGCACCCCGGCGCCCCUCAACGAGCAGCCUCCGACACCCCUCGCUUGGUGAAGAAUCCACCCAUGCCCUCAUUGCCCCGGAUGAGCAGUCCCACACCUACGUCAACACGCCAGCCAGCGAGGAGGAGCAGCGCCGAAGCCGGCACUGCCUGCAGCCCCUGCCUGAGGGCCGGGCGCCCUUCGCGCCGCAGGCCCGGGGCCCCGACCAGCGGGACCCACAGGUGUUCCUGCAGCCGGGCCAGGUGAAGUUCGUGUUGGGCCCCACCCCGGCUCGGCGGCACAUGACCAAGUGCCAAGGCCUCUGCCCGAGCCUGCAGGACGCCCCCCACCACAACAAUAACAACGAGGGCCCUUCGGAGUGCCAAGCCCAGCCCAAGUGCACCUACGAGAACGUCAGCGGGGGGUUGCGGCCGGGGGCGGGCUGGAGACUGAGCCCGGAGGAGCCGGGCUGGAACGGCCUGGCCCAGCGCAGGGCUGCACUGCUGCACUAUGAAAACCUGCCCUCCCUGCCCCCUGUGUGGGAGAGCCAGGCCCCGCAGCCAGGGGAGGAGGCCGGGGAUGACGGAGACUCCAGGGACGGGCUCACCCCUUCCUCCAACGGCUUCCCAGAAGGCGAGGAGGACGAGACCCCACUGCAGAAGCCCACCAGCACCCGGGCGGCCCUCCGCAGUCACGGCAGCUUCCCCGUGCCGCUGACCCGGCGCCGAGGCUCCCCGAGGGUCUUCAACUUUGAUUUCCGCCGGCCGGGCCCGGAGCCUCCAAGGCAGCUCAACUACAUCCAGGUGGAGCUGAAGGGCUGGGGUGGAGACCGCCCCAAGGGGCCCCCGAACCCCUCCGCCCCCCGAGCCCCUGUGCCCACCACUCACCCGACCCGCAGCUCAGACUCCUACGCCGUGAUCGACCUCAAAAAGACCGUGGCCAUGUCCAACCUGCAGAGGGCGCUGCCCCGCGACGACGGGACCGCCAGGAAAACCCGGCACAACAGCACCGACCUGCCUCUGUAGGGGCGCCCCUCCUCCGCCCUGCCCAGCCUCCGCCUCCCGCUCCCGUGCCCCGAACCCCCACUCCGGGGUUCCGGGCUGCUUCGCAGAAGGGCACUGAGGUGGACCAGAUGCUUUCUCGCACUGGCCAGAGUCCCCAAAGAUAUCAGCCGCAGAGUCCCCCGGUGUCCGAGCUGGGGAGAGGAGAGGGUGACCAGGCGAGGAGGGAGCCGCGGUGUAAACUGUGAAGGGCCCCCCGACGGCAAUUAGCACCCUCCCGUUCUGUCAUCUGUCGCGUCUGUCGUCUGUGUGUUUUUUUGGUUGAAAUUUGGAAACAUUUUGUACCUGUUGAUUUUAUUUAUCAGUUUAUUUUUCUAUUUAUUGUUUUAAAUGUAAUUUAACAUAUUUAUUAUUAAUAUAAUUAUUUUUAAAUUCUGA